AUGGAUCCGAAUAGUGUACCGGCGUCUCGAGGAAGCAGAGCAACACGCUCAUCGCUAGCAUGUCUUCCUUGCAGAUCCCGCCAUCUCAAGUGUGACGGCAAACGUCCGGAAUGCGCUCGGUGUACCGAGAGCGCACGGCAAUGUCAUUAUACCGAAUCUCGCCGUGGUGGAGUCAGCCGAGCGAGCCUGGCCGAACGGCGCAGUCGUCAGUCUGCGCUGAACAAUAACAGCAGCCAUUCUUCCUCGUGCGAUGACAUGCCGGAAAUUAGACAAGAACAACUUGCCAAUGGGUAUCCGGAUCAAGACUACUCGUUUCGACUACCAGAUCUUGAUGUUGUUAGUGAUCCGGCUGGGCUAACAAGUGCCACGACUUCAAAUGCAGAAACACCAGCAGGGCCUCUUGAUCAAAACUACAGCCUCGAUAAUGAUGCACUUGUUCAAAAGUUUUAUCGGGAUUUUCACAGAUUCCACCCAAUGGUGGUCCCAUGGGAGCAUUUGGUACGACUGUACCAGGAUCCUGACAAGCAGCCGAGAUUGGCUCCAUUGGUUGCGGUUCUUCGUCUGAUAGGGCAUCUCUUUGACGCCCAAGCAUGGUCUCAACCACUCCAAAAUUUCGUCGAGGCCUGUUUCUCCCAAGCGCAUCCGGCCGAACCAGUCAUGGUGCAAUGCCGACUUUUGUAUUCGAUGGCGCUAUUCUGGUUCGACAAGAAAGACGAGUCAAUGGCAGAGAUGGACUCGGCCGUUCAGCUCGCCACUACACUGGGAAUGCACCGUCGUGAUUUUGCCACUGCGCACGGCAGUGGAGACCCAGUACUGGCCGAGUCUUGGAGAAGAACAUGGUGGUGGAUCUAUAUUAUAGAUGCCUACUACGUAGGGACUCUACGCAACCGAGAAUUUGCGGUCAAGCAUAUUGACGCGGAUGUUGAGCUACCUUGUAAUGAGAUCGAGUAUGAGCAAGGGGAUAUUCCGACGCCUCAAACACUAGAGAACUUCAACUGCCGCGAGUUCUAUCCUGAAGCAGAAUUCUCAUCCUUUGCAUACUUGAUUGGCGCGGUCAAAUCUGCAGCUUCGGCCAUCACCAUGUCACCGAAAAGAUCAAGCAAGGAAGCGUCUUCCCAUGUAAUACAAGCCGCUGAUGCCAUGAUUGAUGGGUGGCAUCUAUUAUUGCCAAAGAAGCUCAAGAAUGUCAUGUCUCGAUCUGGGGACAUUGAUGAGCUCAUGUUUCAAGCACAUUUGGUGUUACAUGUUGCCACGAUUGGACUACAUAGGCCGCUAUCAGAACUGAGAUUUAACUCUGUAGAGGAUCACUCCAGCUGCGCUCGAGAACCACGGCCCGAGAUGACCGCCACGGAACAAAUCAGCAUACAUACGAUACGCGUCCUCCGAUCCGUCGAAGCCCAAGUGCGCAUCCUGGCGUUGCCAGUGAGGCCCUUUAAUCACACACCCUUUACCACGUGCAUGGUGAGCGAGGGCACGCUCGCACUGCUUUCUGCCUGCAACUUUCUUCUCGAGGGCAAAGAGCGUGAGAUUGCCCGGGAUCAGAUCCGCCUCAUCAUUGGAUGCUUGACAUCGCUCGGAGAGUUGUGGCCUCGAACGGCGAGGAAUGUCAAGGAGAUUCAGUUCAUUGCUCGCCAUGUGUUUGGUCUCGAGUCAAAAGGCGGCGGAAAUGCGACUCCAACAUCGAUACAAGAACCUAUUCUUUGUGGCGGCGGGGAGAGUCAAAAGCUUUCUGGGCCGGACCUGGAGAUACUGGAAAGCAAUGGGAUUUUGGCUGACGGUAUUACGAAUAAUGCGGAUGAUUGGUAUACCACUAGCGAUCUGUCCAGAGAGCUUUCUUGGUGGAUUAAUGAGUAA